UAAAUCUGGAGGAGCUGAUGAGGAUUGAGUUACAUGAGACACUGUCGCAAAACUUCCCGUCCACCAGCGUCCACUGCAGUAUGCUGGAGCUGAAGCCACGUUUGCACCGUCUGAGAAGCUGCCACAAGCCGAAGAUUCAAACUCAACCAGAUGGUGAUGCUGGAUGUGUUGAUCAUAGGAGGCGGCCCUCAUGCCCUGACCCUGGCUAGCCUGCUGUCCAGGCCUGACCCCGAGCCAAACUCAGACCCUGGUCAGGACUCACCCGUCUCACCCGUCUCCCCUUUUAACCCAGCGAGCUCUCAGCCAAACCCAGAAACAACCGGCAAUAAACGCUGGAGCGGGAAGAAGAAGAAGAGGGCCACAGCUGUCUCUGCAGGUCAGACGCUGGAGGAGAAACUGGAGAAAUCAACAAUAUCAGAGAGGAUGAAGUUUCGUCCGCUGAGUGUCCGAGCGGUGGACAGUUAUGGAGAGUGGACGACUCUAUGGAAGAGUCAGUUCACUGCUCUGAACAUCCCUCAUCUGCGCUCACACACUCUGGUGCACACAGAUCCUCUCAGUAAGAAAGCACUUCAGGAAUUUGUUUUAAAGUACGAACGCUCAGCGGAACUUCACAGUCUCCCAGAUCAGAUGUACAUUCUGGACGAAAACGCAUUUUUCAACGACAUGCGUCUCGGCAAGAAGGAGAGGAAACGUUUAAACAUCACGUCAACACUGAAGAAGAGUUUAUCCUUCAGCCUGCCAGGAACCAGACUAAGUGUGGAUUUCUUUAAGGAGCAGGUGGAGAGAUACCAGCUGGAUAAAGUUCUGGUGAAGGGAACAGUGGAGCGCAUCAUUCCUGUGACUGACGACAGGAAUAAGAUGGAAGACGGUCACAUAAAAGAGCAGGAAACAGAGGGAAUACCUCUGACUGAGAGGAAUGGAGAAGAGGGAAGGAAGAGAGUGAAGUAUUUUCAAGUCCAACUCCAAGAAGGCGACAUCCUAAAUGCCCAACAGGUCGUUAUGGCAACAGGCCCGACCCGCGCCCAAAUGGCAAACAUCCCUUCAUGGGUGCAAAGCAUUGGAGAGAGCUAUCCGGAGGAGCGUUUACAGCACACAGUUCAUCUCAUGCACAGUCUGCCAAACUGGAAGCAGAAACUUACAGAAAACUGCCAGAGACAGAAAGAGAUUUUUCACACUAAAGUGUGUGAGGCAGGGCAGAGGGUGAUGGUCGUUGGUGGAGGUCUGACCAGCGCUCAUGUCGUCUCCAUUGCCCUGCAGCAAGGUGCCAGCCACGUGACGUGGGUCAUGAGGAAGCAUCUUCAGUUGAAGCAGUUUGACGUGGGCGAUGUGGAGAGCCUGGUGGGCCGGUACUCCCACGUGGAGCACGGCAUCAAGACGGACGGCCAGGCCUACCUACGGCAGUUCUACAAUGAACGGAGUUUCCACAAACGGCUGGCUAUGAUUCGCCAGGCGAGGAAAGGAGGAGCCGUCACCCCAGAGGCCUACAUCCACCUGAAGCCGUUCAUCUUGAAUGGACAGGUGGACGUGAAGACUUACUGUCAGGUGAGUGAAGCCAGCUGGUGCUACAGGAAUCAGGCCUGGAGCCUUUCUCUCAGCACUGGGGGCCACUGGACUGGAGAUAUGAUCUGGCUCGCCACCGGCUGUAAGCUCGAUGUCAAACAGGACCCGCUGCUUUCUGAGGUGAUGAAACAAUUCCCAGUUCAGGUGAUAGAUGGAUGGCCAUGCAUAACAGAAAGCUUACAGUGGGCAGAGGGUUGCCCGCUCUAUCUGAUGGGGCAGUACACUGCUCUGCAGGUUGGACCUCAUGCAGUAAACCUGGCUGGCGGUCAGGCUGCCAGCAUGCGAAUCGCCAAAGACAUCCUGCGCCGUCAGCAGCAGGACAAUGACCAGGAUUCUGAAGGGAAUGGAGAGAAAUCAACGACUGAAGAAUACAUUGAACAGAUGCGAGGCCUGUUGUGGCUUUAAUGUUACAUUUGGCCAGAGGAACUCAAAUACACCUGUAUGAGAGCUGUCACAUGUUCUUCAUCUGCCUGGUCCAGUGACACUUGGUGUGGAUGAUGGAGAUGAAUUAUUGAACAAAUGUGAAAGUGAUGUUUUUAGGAACAAAAGCAACAGUUCUGUUGCUAAUAAAAUCACCAUUUAAGCAACUUAAA